AUAAUUGUGCAACAAUUGAAUUAAUUAUGACUAAUAAUCGAUCAUCAUCGAGCAAUAAUAAUAACAAUAAUAAUAAGAAUCGUAAUAAAUUCAAAUUUAUUGAACAUAAACAUCAUAGUGAUCAUCAAUCUUCUUCCGAAAUUUCAAAUAAUCAAGAAUGUGUUGAACAAACAAAAUCACCACCUAAUCAAACAACAUUGUUGUCGGAAAUGCAAACAAAAUUUAUUACCACCACCAAUCAAACAAUGAUUGAUGACGAUGAUGAUGAUGAUGAUGAGAAUAUAACAAAUGAAAUGAAUUUGGUUUGUGAAAAAUUUGUCACCGAUUUAAAGAAUAAAUUAUCGAUUGUAUCGAAAAAUACUGACAAUAAAGAUAAUGUUAUCAUUGAUAAUGAUGAUGAUGAUGAUGAUAAUAUUCAAACAACAGAAGUCUUUGAUAAUAAUAAUUAUAUUGUUGAUCAUAAUGAUAUUAUAUCCGAAUCCGAUUAUUCAAGUAUAUCGAUUGAGAAAAAAUCCGAAUUCGAUAUUAAUGAAUUACCGAUUGCACGUAUUAUUGGUUCGGUACCGAUAGCUCAAUAUGAAGGCUCACCAAAACGUUAUGGACCAAAACCUGGUUAUCCACAACGAAUCAUAUCAUCUUCAUCAUCAUUAUCAACUAAUAACAUAAUAAAUAAUGAUUAUUGCAAUAGUAUGACAUCUAUUCAACAACAACAACAACAACAACAACCAAUAAUAGAAAAACAAGAACCGAUAAUUAAUAAUACUAAUAAUAAUGCAUUAAAAUCGAUAACAUUAUCAUCGGAAAAUGAUUCACCACAUUCAUCAUCAUCAUCAACAUCGGCAACAUUUUCCAGUACCGAUGUUAAUAGUUCAUCAAGUUUUUCUUGUCAAUCAAAUAACCGACCGAUAAAAAAAUCAUUACCAUCAGCAUCUGGAUGGCGUUCAACAUCGAACAAAUCCAAAAUAAUAAUGAUGGCAAAUGAUUCCAAUCAACAAUUAUCAUCGUUUGAAGAAUCUAGUCAAAAUAGUUUACCAAUUCAAGAAUAUAAUAAUAAUAAUCCUUCUAAUAUUAUUCAGCAAACACAAAUCAGUUGUGAUGAAAUAGUUAAAUCAAUUUUAAAUAUAUCGAAUAUCGAAACUGCCAUCGAUAGUGAAACAGAUAAUGCAUCAAUAAGUGCAAAACCAUCACCAUUGAAACAAUUUAGUGAUAAUAAUUUGAAAUCCGAACCAUGUGAGCUAGAAAAUCAACAACAACGGCAAGAAUUUGAUGAUAAUUAUAUGAUUUCAUCGAAUGAGACGAAUAAAAUGAAAAAAUCUUUCAAUAAUGAAUCAUCAUUAUCGCAUAGUAUAACAUCAUUUAAAAGUCUUCAAUCAAAUGAAUUAUCAACAACAACGGCUGCAAAAAUGACAACAUUAAGAAAAUUUUCUUCAACUACGAAUGCAUCCACUACUGGCCAUUCAUCUGAUUAUCUAAAAAUGAAUAAAUCCGGUUCACUAGAAUCCAGUGAUGAUAGUAAUAAAUCUGGCGAUAAAUAUCAUUAUAAUGAUGAUUGUGGUUCAUCAUCGUCAUCACAUUUUCAUCGAAAUAAAGAAUUUCGUAAGAAUUAUAUAAGAUCUCAUUUUACAACACAAAAUGAUGAAAAUGAAUUGAUUGUAGCUGAUAGCGGUAUUAGUAAUAAUGAUUUACAACUUGAUCAAACAUCGGCAACAUCAUCAACCGUUGAUACUAAUAAUAAUAAUAAUAACAAUGACAAUAAUAAUGGUGAUGGAAAUAAUCGUAAAAGUAAAUUAAGUUCAUUCAUAUGUUUAUCACCAGAAUUGAUUAAUGGUAAAGAUUUUCUUGAACAUCAUCAAUAUUCAACACAUUUAGAUGUUGAUGAUUUAUGUUUGUCUGGUAAUGAUCGUGAUUAUUAUAAGGAUAAAAUAUCAUCAUCAUCAAUAAUACCCGACAAUGAUAUUGAUUUGAAUGGAACCAAUACAAAAUUAAUGAAUAUUAUGCCCGUUCUUGAAGAUGGUCUUUCAUCCGGUUUGCCUUCAAGCGAUAACGAUGACGAUGAUGAUGGUGAAAUGAUGGAAUAUGAUGAUGAUGCUGAUGAUGAUGAUGAUCGUGAUCAUGUUCCAAUAAUAAAUAAUGAUCAACAACAACCAUUAUCCGAUAAUUAUUAUCAUGAAUAUCAAAAAUCUAAUGGUCGAACUGUAAUCGGUUGUGAAACAACAUCGACAGCAAAUUUACCACAAUCAUCAUCAUCAUCAUUCAACAAUAAUCAACAUCAAACGGUGAAUGGUGAUGGUGAAUCUCUUAAUUCGAAUUCUUAUGACAAUUAUUAUCAUAAUACUGGUAAACAACAUCAAGAUGUCACCAAAACAAAAAUUAUCAAUGGCCAAUCACAACCAUCAUAUUUUAAUGUUGAUGAAAAAAAUAAUAACCCGUAUACGAUAAAAGAUGAAUCCAAUUUGACAACAUUGAAUUCAAAUAACAGAAUUCAUAAUGUUGAUAAUAAAGAUUCGAAUCAAAUUUCGUUUGAUAAUUCAAAUUCAUUUAGUUAUCAUCAAAUGAUUACAGAUGAAACGAAUGCGGUAAGACAUAAUUUUCCACUGGCUGAUGGCACAUCCAAUUCAUUGAAUCAACCAAAACGAAUCGACAUUACUGAUAUUCAAUGUCAAACAACUGGACAACUAACAGGAAUACCGAUUCAUGAUAAUAAAUAUUGUCCAAGUUCGACAACAUCUAACAACAGAUCAAAUUCACAUAUAUCGAUUCAGCGAGCAUCAAUGCCAAAUAAAUCGAUUCAUUCAUCAUCAUCAUUGUCGACCAAUCAAAAUAUUAAUACAAAUACCAAUACAUUAUCUCCUAGAUCGACAAUGGAUGCUGUUUCUAAUUCACCACAAUCACCACCUCAUUCAUAUGGCCAUAAUUCUUAUCAUAAUUAUUAUCAUCAUCAUCAUCAUAUAUCACCACAACCAUCCAGUGUUCAACAACAUCAUCAACAAAAUUAUCCAAAUUUAAGCAAUAGUCCAACAAUGUUGCAAUCGCCUAAUUCACCUGGUGAAGGUUCACUUCAUCAUCAUCAUCACCAUCAUCAUAAUGCAUCAUCAUCAUCGUCAGCAUCAUCGGCUGCAUCAUCCGUUUCAUCUGCAUUAGCUCAUCAUGGACCACCACCACCACCAUCAUCAUCAUCUUCAUCUAUCAAUCAUCAUCAAUAUCAUCAUUAUCAUAAGUCAACACAACAAUUAGAUCAAUCGCCUACACAAGAUACUCAGUCACAACCAAAAACUACUGUGAAUUCUACAAAUGUUCCAGGAACAAUUAACAAUUCGAAUGUUACACCUAUUGGUUCAUCAUCAUCAUUACCAGCUUCAAACGUUAGACAUCCUGAUGAUGACUGUGAUACUGAUCAAGAGACUGAUCGGCUACUUGGUAGUCAACGUUUAAAUCAAAAUGAUGACAAAGAAUUCUAUGAUGAAAAGACUCAAACAAAACGUUCAAACACAUCACGUGAAGUUCGAAAAUGGCCAUCAAAAGUUUUGAUCGAAGGUGUAUUAUUUCGUGCUCGUUAUCUUGGUUCAACACAAUUAGUUUGUGAUGGACAACCAACAAAAGCAACACGUAUGAUGCAAGCAGAAGAAGCUGUUUCCCGUAUCAAGUCAUUGGCACCGGAAGGAGAAUCACAACCAAGCACUGAAGUCGAUCUGUUUAUUUCAACGGAAAAAAUUAUGGUUUUGAAUACAGAUUUAAAAGAAAUUAUGAUGGAUCAUGCCCUUCGUACAAUAUCAUAUAUUGCCGACAUUGGUGAUCUAUUAGUGUUGAUGGCCAGACGUCGUUCACAGAUCGAUGAUCAAAAUGAUUCCGGAAUCAAACGUUCACCAAAAAUGAUAUGCCAUGUGUUCGAAUCGGAGGAAGCACAGUACAUUGCCCAAUCGAUUGGUCAAGCAUUUCAAGUGGCUUAUAUGGAAUUUCUUAAAGCUAAUGGUAUUAAAGAUAGUAGCUUUUUAAAGGAAAUGGAUUAUCAAGAAGUACUUAACUCACAAGAAAUAUUCGGCGAUGAACUCGAAAUGUUUUCAAAAAGAGAAAAACAAAAAGAAGUCAUUGUGCCCAAACAAAAAGGCGAAAUACUCGGAAUCGUAAUCGUUGAAUCGGGAUGGGGUUCAAUGCUCCCUACAGUGGUUAUAGCAAAUUUAGCCCAAAAUAGUCCUAGUGCUCGUUGUGGACAAUUGAAUAUUGGUGAUCAAAUUAUUGCCAUUAAUGGCAUCAGUUUGGUUGGUCUUCCAUUAUCUACUUGUCAAAAUUAUGUCAAGAACACUAAAAAUCAAACUGUCGUUAAAUUUACAAUUGUUCCUUGUCCACCGGUUGUUGAAGUAAAAAUUAAACGUCCUGAUACAAAAUAUCAAUUAGGAUUUAGCGUACAGAAUGGUGUUAUCUGUAGUUUACUUCGUGGUGGAAUAGCCGAACGUGGUGGUGUACGUGUUGGUCAUCGUAUUAUUGAAAUUAAUGGACAAAGUGUUGUAGCUGUACCACAUGAUCGAAUUGUCAAUCUAUUGGCCACUUCGGUUGGUGAAAUUCACAUGAAAACGAUGCCAACUUCCAUGUUUCGUUUAUUGACCGGACAAGAAGCGCCAAGUUUUAUGUGAACAACAACAA